AUGGCCUUCUAUGGAGAAUCACAUGAUAAUGCUUACAAUCCUAGAACUCAUUCUAAGGUUGCAGAGAAAGAAGGUUUUUCUAUGGGAAAUGACGAACCAAAAACUCUAUAUGUUGGCAAUCUUGACUCCUCAGUCACAGAAGAGUUCAUCGCCACUCUUUUCGGACAGAUGGGAGUUGUAACGAAGACCAAAGUCAUAUUUGAUGGAACCAACGAUCCUUAUGCUUUCGUCGAGUUUUCCGAUCAUUCACAAGCUGCUCAAGCCUUACAAGCUAUGAAUCGCCGGAUGCUUUUAGAGAAGGAGAUGAAAGUAAAUUGGGCAGUCGAACCUGGCCAGCAACAAGCUAAAGUUGAUACAAGCAGUAAGUUGUUUUGUUUUAUUGCGCUCAUGUCAGAUUUUUUCCUUGUAGAACAUUUCCAUGUGUUCGUGGGUGAUUUGUCUCCA